AUGACAUUGAUAUUUUUUUGAACUGCCAUGGAUCAAACACAAUCCUCCAUAUGUUAUUCAGAGUUGAUGAACUCUUCUGAAUCAUCCCUUUUCAGAAAUGAAUUUGAGAAAAACGUUAAAGGAUUCAACAGAUUACCCCAACAUAUCUUGCUGAAAAUAUUCUCCCAUUUGAAUGAGAAAGAUUUACAUACAGUACAGCAGGUGUGUCAAAGAUGGAAACAAGGCGCGUUAAAUCCUUCGUUGUGGAAAAAUUUGAAAAUACAGAAACUUCGUACGACCGGUAGUGUGAAUAUGGCUCUGCAGAAGAUAUGGAUGUUUGGGCAACUUGAAAAAGUAUACAUCAAAGACGUAAUAGAAGCAUCGGCUCUUCUGAGACAAGUAUAUCGAUGCCUACCCAAUCUGCAAUAUCUUAUCAUAAGAUACUGCAAUAAUCUCAGUGCUCAAACUGUGAGAGCUGUGUUGAGGAAAUGCAAGCAACUGAAAAUGCUAGACUUGAAAGGAACUACCUUUAAAGAUAGCUCAAUAUUCGAUGAAUUGCCCAGACUUAAUUAUUUGAAGAUUUUGAAUUUGUCUGAUAACGGAAACCUCACUACUAAAGACAUGGUCGACAUCUCACUGAACUGCCGUAAUUUGGAAGAAUUUUACGUGUCUUCCAUAAGGUAUGAUUCAUCGAGAGAACAAUUGACCGACGAAGAUUGUAGUUUCAUUGUAUCCAAUAUGUCGAACAAUUUGAAGGGUUUUUUCAUCGAUGGGGCUACAUUGACCGAUCAAUGCUUCCAAAAAAUAUUGAUGUGCCAUAAGUUAGAAUAUUUAGGGUUUCAUAGAGCAUAUAAUUUGAACGGAAAAACUUUCUCCGUAAUAUGGCAGUAUUUGAGAAAUUUGAAGACGUUGAAGUUUACAUUCGGUAAUCAGAUCGGAGAUGUAGAUGUAGAAACUGCAUUUUUUGAUGGAAAAAAGGAGAUGAGAAAUUUGGAAAUCAUUGAUUUCACUGGAUGUUGGAAGAUAAAAAAUAACGCUUUGAACGCAGUUGCUGAAUGUUGUCCCAAAUUGAAAAAAUUAAUCAUCAAAAGCUGCAAGAAUAUAACUGACAUAUCAUGUCUCCAGAAAUGUGAUAGUUUGGCAAUUUUAAAUAUUGCGUUCUGUUUAAAGCUAUCUAUAGACAACUUCCUGCCAAUACAAGCAUCUAUUCAUAUUAUAUUCGUUGAUAAUGGUGAAAAUCUCAAAAAAUUGGAAGCUUCUCUGAAGGAAAUGCCGAGUAAUAUCAAAAUACGAAUUUGUCAUUCUCAAUUCAGAAAAAGCUUCGAAGAUUAUAGGAUUGUUUAAUUGAUAAUUUUAUAUCGAAAUGUAUGAAGUUUUAAUUAUUAGUCGAAAUUUUGGAAUAUAUAUU